UCCUAACCGAACGAAGGCACCGUUAAUUUCAGAUCCGUCGUCUCUCUCCUCUCGCUCUCUCGCAGGGGAAACGCCUCUUCUCCUUCUCUCGGAGGCGAAAAUCUCCCCUGCAUCUUUUUCUAGUCAUGGAGGCGCAUCACGCAUCUCUAGGUCGUCGAACGCUGGAAGAAAUCCGUCAAAAGAGAGCGGCAGAAAGGAUAGGCAAACCUUCUGCCGGCUCGGAUCUUCCAACGCCGAGUCCGCACGGGAUGCAUAAAUCGGAUAGUGGGAAUCGAAUUUCCGAGAAGGAGAUUCAUGAUUUAUUAUCUCAACUCAAAGACCUUGAGAAAAAGAAUGCUGAAUUGGAAAAUGAGAACAAAAUAUUAUCUUCAAAGUUGGAGGUAAGGAAAGUAGAGAAUGAUGCAUUACAAAAGCGCUUAGCUGAUCUGGAGGAGAACAGUAUACCUUCUCUGAGGAAAGCUCUCAGGGAUGUUUCAAUGGAAAAGGAUGCAGCAGUCGUUGCACGGGAGGAUCUUUUGGCUCAACUUAGAACAGUUAAGAAGCGUUUAAAGGAGGCUGAAGAGGAACAAUACAGAGCCGAAGAAGAUGCAGCGGCUUUGAGAGCAGAAAUGAACUCUCUGCAGCAACAAGGAAUGGAAAAUCCAUUUGUUGGCAUUCCCUCUAUUGGUAAUUCACUAGAUAACUUCCAAGCCAUGGAGAAGGAAAUAUCUGAUUUAAAGACCGAGUUACAGCAAGAGUCCUUGUUAAGACAACAGGACCAACAAAGACUAGCAGAGGAGCAAAUCCGCACUUCCACCCUCAUGGCUGAAAAGAAUGUGCUGGAAGAAAGAUUAGAGGCAUUGUCCAAAAAGGCUUCAGCAGAAGAAGCAGAAGAAGCUGCUCGCAAUGCACUUUCAAUGCAAGACAGGGAGAAACUUGAGAAGCAAUUGCAUGAUAUGGCAAUGAUGGUUGAGAAAUUGGAAAGUAGUAGACAAAAACUUCUUAUGGAGAUUGACUCACAAUCGUCUGAGAUAGAGAGGCUCUUCGAGGAAAACUCUAAUCUGUCUGCCUCCUAUGAAGAUGCCAAAGGGGUGGUGGUACAGUGGGAGAACCAGGUGAAAGACUGCCUGAAGCAGAAUGAAGAGCUCCGCAGCCUGCUGGAUAAACUGCGAGCAGACCAAGCUAAUAUGUUGCAUGUAAGAGACAGGGAGGUUCGUUUAGGAGUGGAACCUGAAAAUGAUGGCAAAAAUGCAUCUGGUGCUCAAGCAUAUUCAUCUGAAAAUCUAUCGCUCAAGGGCCAACUAGCCAAAGAACAGAGCAGAGCAGAGGCUCUUUCUGCACAGGUCAUGCAGCUUUCCGCUGAACUCAAACAUGCAGUCCAAGCAUACAACAACCUCGCAUGCCUCUACAAACCAAUUCUCCGUAACAUCGAGAGCAGCCUAAUGAAAAUGAAGCAGGACAGCUUUGUAACAGUCCAAUGAUACAGAAGAAAUCAGAGAUUGCAGAAGAAUUUCAGCUGUGGGUCGUGAAAAUCACUGCAUAGCCCUUUAUGUACUAUGUUGUGUUAGCAUUAUGCAAUUAGUGUGUUGCAAGCUUGUAAGGCCCCUGUCAUUUGGUGGGAAAGAGUUGUGUAGUUAUUGGGUUGUGCAGGAGCAUGCCAUCCACUCACUUAGGCCUCGUUUGGAUGCACAGCCGAAUCAAUUUGGAAAUGUUCAGUUUCACAGCAUCAUGGAUUGUAGUGAAAUACCUUUCCGAGCCGGAACAAGAAGGUGAUUGCAAUGUGGGAGCCCAAAUAGUCAAGAUGCAUCCAAACACUUGGGAUGGGAGGCAUGCUUAUCAUUUUUUAUUUUUAAAAAAUAUUUUUUAAUUUUUGGUCCUGGACAGAGAUGGUCAUUUGGGAAUUCUCAAUUCUAGAAGAGGUGAUGCAAGUCCUCCAUUGCCCCUUAUCUAUCAUACCAUAUCUGAAGAAAAUCCUGGGCUUGACUUUGCUUUGCUUCACGGCCAAAGCAAACGGUCAAAGAACAAAAAGUAAAUAUAUUUUGUAUUGA